UUUAAAUUGGUUUUCAUGAUUUUCGCGCUGCUGAGUAUUGUUUGAAAAUUGCCGUUUUUUCGCUUCGCUUUUGACAUUAACAAACAACAACAAUAGUUAUAGAAGAGUAUUAUUUUCUUCGUAAGAUAUUUAUUAACAAUAUUCUUAUAGAGCGUGCAAAUUUCAAAACUAAACACUUUUGUUGUAAUAUAUUGUUAUUUGUAAUAUAAAAGCUAGUAUACAUUCAAUAUUUAUAGCAGCCAAGCACGAAAAUAAUGAAAUAAUUAACAAUAAAGAAUAAAUAAAAAUAUAUAUGUUAAAAAUGUCAACGGCUUCAUUUAACGACACAUUCAGCCCCGAAUUAAUUAAAGAAAACAAAGAAAACGCAUAUAAGUUUGAAGAUAAUAUUGGCAGAAGUAAUAUGAACGAAUCGCCUACAAUCAACAUUAAUAUUAAAAAAGAAUCAACUGCAAAUAUGCAGAAUACUGCAGAUGCAUUAGUUUUAAAUGAAAUUGAAACAAACACAUCUCGGUCUUCUACCAAACGAAAUAUUCAGAAAUCAACAAAGACUAGUCCAUACAUACCAUCCAAUAAUCUGGACAAUAUUGUGAGCCAAUUCGAUGUCACUUCACUCAAUGACACACCUAAAGUCGGGUUAAUUGAAGAAAACAAAGAAAAUGCCUCUAAAUAUGAACAUAAUACAUUACAAAUUAAUGUGGAAGAUUCGUCUGCAGCCAAUAUUACAUUUGAAACGGAUUCUAACGUAAAUAAGUUACAUGGUUUAAAUGAAAUUGAACCAAGUAGUCAAUCCAAAUCAGAUAUGCAGCAAUCACCCAAUUCUAGUCUCGAUGUAACAAAAAAACUUAGCAAUAUUGUUCUCGAAUGGUCCUUUCAAAAACAAGGAGCGACUCAGCAUGAAAAUGCAUCGAGCAGAUUAAGAGAUCUAUACAGUUAUAAGGAUAUUUAUCAGAAAAAAAAGGAAGAAAAAUUACGCAUAUGCAUAGAAAAUGAGCGUAAGAACCGUCAAUUCCAUAGCCGACCUGUACCUAAUUUUAAAGCAGCUCACGCAAAGCUAGAAAACCAUAUAGUGCAUGCGAUAACAGUGCCACAGUCACCAGACGUUUUAAAGCAUUCUCGCGAAAUGAUGGAGAAAAAAAUGAAUAAGUUAGAAAUAUUUAAACGUCAACAACGACCACCUAAAUUCGAGUAUAGGUCACCGGUUGUACUAAGAGAAGAACCAUUUGUACCAAAAAAGACCAUAACAGUAGUAGAACAGCGUCCAUUUAAUCUACAGUCAGAUAAACGACGACAAGAACGCAAGCAUUAUGAUGAGGGUUUAGAGCAAAGAAUGGAGGAGCGCCGCAAACAGGUAGAAAUUAAGGAGGAGGAAAGCAAAAAGCGUGAGGAAGAUCGUGUAAAAGAAUUGAGGAAGUUAACAACGUUCAAAGCUCGUCCAAAUCCAUUCAAAUAAAAUAUUUUUUUUUAUUUAAUACACAUUUUACGAACAAAAACAAUAACUAACAAAAAUGU